AAGCUAACGAUGGUCAUCACUUAAUUAUCGUUCCAAUAGGGGAAAUAAAAACGCCAGACCGUGGAAUUCAGCAACCAAUAUAAAUAUCAAUAGCCAAAAGUGACGAUCAAGUUUGUUGGCACUGCGGUCAUUUCGCCUUUUAUCUCGCUAGCCCCUCUUGGCUUCAAAGCUAACGUUAGCUUGGGCUCUCUGGAUGCUAGCCGUAUCACUGCUAAGUCUAGCAUAGUUUGUCGUCGUUUAAGGCAGCAACAGUCAACCAAACAGGGCUGAAGAUGGCAGACUUAACAACGCUUGAGAGCCUUUUGGAGAUGGGCUUUGACCGGAACAGAGCAGAAAGAGCUGUAGCCAGCACAGGCAACCAGGGCAUCGAACAAGCCAUGGACUGGUUAAUGGAGCAUGAGAACGACCCAGACAUUGAUGAGCCGUACAAACCUCCAGCAGAGAACAUCCUGGGAGGACCGGAUGACGACCAGACGGGCACACCAGAGUCUUUGCUGGGGGACACAACUGGAGUUGCGAGUGGGGAAGGCAGCCAGGUUGGUGAUGCUGACAGUUCCAAAAAGCAAAUGACAGAGGAGGAGAAACAAGAGCAAGUCAAAAGGCUAGAGGAGCUGAUGCGGGUGAAGCAGGCGGAGCGGAGAGAGCGAGAGCGGGCCGAGGAGCUGGAGAGGGAAAAGCAGCGCAGGAAGCAGGGCCAAGAGCUGCAGCAGAUUCGGCAAAAGAUACAAGACGACGACAUGAAGAAGCUGGCAGAGCAGCGGCGGAGGGAGAAGAUGGAGGACAAACUGGCCAGGCAAAGGGUUAAAGAGAAGAUUGCACGAGACCGGGAGGAGAGAGCACAGAAGUUUGGAGGCAGUGGAUCGUCCAGCACAAGCACGUCAGUCCAGCCCAGUCCGGUGUCGCCCACCAGUCAAGGCCCGCCACCCACUAAGAAAGAGUAUGACGAGUCCCGAAUACAGGUGCGUCUGCUGGACGGCUCCACCAUCACGGCCGUCUUCAAGGCCCAGGAGCCGCUGGCGGCGGUGCGCGUCUACGUGCAGGUGAACGGCAACACCCCGGAGGGUCAGGACUUCACGCUGCUGUCCCCCUACCCUCGUCACGUCUACACUGAACUGGACAUGGAAAAACCCCUCAAAGAGUUAGGGUUGGUGCCUUCAGCUGUGCUGGUUGUUACCAAAAAAUGAAAAGAGCUGCGAGAGGGGGGGAUCUGCUUCAUGAGCCUACCUCACCACCUCCACUGCAUCAACACAAGAAACAAACUGCAACAGACCGUACAGCUUUAGUGUCAUCGUGUCAGACGGCCAACUGGACUCAGUGAGAUGAAGUUAUGUCAUCACUUGUAAUAUCAAAAAAAACAUGCUUGAUUUCACCAGAUUGUUUUGGUUUUUUAAACGCAGUGGCUUGAAAGAUGGUAAAGCUCGUUGGCGUCUGACUGGUCAACACAUCGGUUACAUUUUAACCUGAUUCUUCCAAAGUAAACACUCACCACUUGUUAAUUUAAAAGGGCCUUAAAUUCACUUCACAACAUCCUGAUUUUGUGAGAUUCUACGUUGCCAGUUUUUUAUAAGUCAUAAUAUAUUGACAAUUGUGUCUGCAUAAUUGACUUUGAAUAAAGCUGACUCGGGAGAACUGCA